GCCUGGUGAUGUGUGUUUGUCUGUCGUGUUUUGAACUGGGGAGGAGGAGACAGAGACACAUGCAUGAGCAGCACAUCAGCGUCUGAAUGAAGCGAGCAAGCCGCCUGAAAGCACUGCGAGUCUGGGCACACAGGGUAAACAACACCGCCACCAUCUAGCGUACUACUGUUUACAUGCUUUUCUCUUCAAUGGACGGACUAUUGUUCAAGCCGCAGAUGAUUGCGGACGUCAAUGGCAACAGUAAGAUAAUGAACGCAGAACUGGAGGUGAAAAAGCUUCAGGAGCUCGUGAGGAAGCUGGAGAGGCAGAACGAGCGGCUCCGGUCGAGAACGAACGCCGGGCACAGCUGCACCUCCGGCGGCCGUGUGUCAGCAGCUCCGGUCACCGGGGGCUACUGCGCUUCUCCUCCUGAGUCUCCAUCUUUUGGUCUAUCGGAGGAGCGCUAUCCGUAUUUUCAUCCGCAGUCAGUGACUGGUGCUGAUGAGGAGGAUGCCACUGUCCUGGAUGAGUUGGAAAUACUAGACCUUCAUCUUGUUCUCCCCAUCGAUGGAGAGCCUGAUUACAGCUGGUUGUACGUGUCUCCAAAAGCCAAGCUGUUUCCUCGUCUUCUUCUCCUCAGUCCUCUUCAGUGGUGCAGACACGUGCUGGACAACCCCAGACCAGAGGUGGAGUUAGCCAAACGCUCAUUGUGCAACCAACUGGACCAAGCCAAAAGAUGGAGAAGCGUGCUCUCUUCAAGCGUUCUGUUCAGUCCUGUAGACGAACUCUCUUCUUUAAGCAGCUCUUCUAAACCCUUUACUAAACCUGCACUAACUGAGCAAACAGAUCCACCUUCACCAAACCAUCAGAAGUCUCUCACAGGGAGGAACUGCUCCAGCCUAACCGAAAGAUCUCCCACAUUCCUCUAUCACAUGGCUACACACAGUAAUAGUCAUUGGCAAAGGCCUCUCAGUCCUCAGUCAUCCAUAGACAGUGAUCUCAGUGUCUCUGAGCUGGAGGACGACACCAUCUCUAUGAGCUAUAAGCUUCAGGACAUGACUGAUGUGGAGGUCAUGGCCCGACUGCAGGAGGAGAGUCUACGGCAGGAGUACGCGAGCACCUCUGCCACAGUCACGUGCCGCAGUGCUAGUUUUUCGGUGCACCCAGGUGCACGCAGGAGCAUGAGGAGUGAAGCCGAGCUAGAGGAAGAGUACGAUCAGCUGUUGGCUCCGCAGCCGCGGCUCUUCCGUACGUCCUCCAUGCAGCGCAGCAGGUCCCACUCACAGAGCCUCUCCAGCACGCCUCAGUACCUCAACAGCCUGUCCUACCAGCAGCUGCACAUGCCCAACCUCAGCUCCAGCACAGCCACAGAGACCCAGAGCUACAGAGCCCACACAGACAAGCUAAGGAGGAGCAUGCCAAACCUGGUUCGAGCUCCCAGCACCCCCAGUGUCUCCAGUGUGCCUAAUGUUCCUGCUCCGACCGCUCACAUUGCCACAUCCUCCUCAUCUUUGUCGUUACUCUGCAACAGUCAGAGUUUUGAUUCCCACAGCGGUCUGACCAAGAUACAUUCUGCAAUUCCCUCUCCGGGCCAGUUACAGCAGCGGGUUCAGAGCGUGGGCAACUUCUCAACACGGCCCCCUCUGAAAGCCACGGCGUACGUGAGCCCUACCAUCCAGAGUGCCCCCACAAUGCCUUCCUCUGUUAGUCUCGGCUCUAUCCCCAGCAGCAGCAGCAGCAUCUCUCUCCCCAGCAAACCCAGCGCCCCCUCGUCCACUCGUAGCGCUCUACCUCGGCCUGCUUCCUUUGUUGGGACAAGUGGGGCCUCGCGCAGUAAAAUCGCCCAGCCUAUACGAAGUUUACUGACCCCACCGAAGAGUGUCUCUGCUCUGAGCGCCCUGCGUGACGGCAGCUGGAGGGACGGAUGCUAUUAAACUGCUCUGACCUUAAAUGUCUCAGGCCCAGCUGGCUGGGCACAACUAGACCUGAAGUGGAAAUAAAAUAGCAUCAAGUGUUUCGAAGUCGAAAAGUACUGUUAACAAAUGCAAUACAGCUCUACUGCAAUAUUCCUGAUGGCUGAAAACCAGAGAGUUAUGCAUACAAGUGUUUACAUGCAAAUAUUUUUUCUAACUGCAGCACAAUUUUUUUUAACCAUUGAAACCAAUUAUAUUAAUAAUAAGAUAUUAAUAUAAAAGACAGCAUUGGUUUUGUUAGAUGUUACGAUAAGUCAUUGUCUCUCAAAUAGCACUUUUACUGUUAACUUGCAUUUUUACAUUAGAUAACCAGUUUUUGCCAGAGUAGUACCUGAUGGGUUUCUGUUGCGCAAGUUGCAUUCCUUUUUUUAAUAAUGUUGUCAAUUACGUAGCAACAUAUGACAAGAGAAUUAUUUGGGUGAUCUGAUGCAUUUGUAAAAGCAGCCAAAAUGGACUGUAAACCACUGUAUACUGCUGUUAAAGUACAAAUGCAGACAAGAGUAAAUGGCAGUCAUUCCAGAUUGUAUGUUUACAUAAUGCUUGUUAUACAGAGCAUUAUGGACUAGACAUUUGCACGUCAAAUUAUAAUAUUUGUUUCUGUUUUUUAAGAACUAGUUUAUGAUGACUGGUUUCAAAUGUUGAAUAAAAGGCUUUUGAACUGAA